CGCUUACCUCCGCCCGCCCAUCCCUCCCGCCGGUGAUGCCGGUCCUGGAUCAGCGCUGCCCCCGCCGUUCCUCUCCCUCCCUGCGGCGGGCGAGCGCGGCGGCGGCGGGGGGCUGAGGGCCCAGCCCGAGGUGCCGGGGCCGGGCCGGCCGCCGCGCCGCCAUGGUGCCCUGGGGAGCGGUGCUGUGGCGGCGGCUGCUGAGGAAGCGCUGGGUUCUCGGCGUCGUCUUCGGGCUCUCCCUCGUCUACUUCCUCACCAGCACCUUCAAGCAGGAAGAGAGGACAGUGAGAGAUCGGAAUCUCCUCCAAGUGCAAGAGCACGAGCAGCCGAUCAUGUGGAAGGUGAAGUUCAGUUCGGGAAACAGCAGUCAGCUGAGUAACCAGUGCAGGAAUUCUGUGCAGGGGAAGCUCCUCAUUACAGAUGAACUGGGCUACAUCUGUGAGAGGAAGGACCUACUGGUAAAUGGCUGUUGUAAUGUCAACGUGCCCAGUACAAAGCUGUACAGCUGUGACAGCUGCCUUCCCAAUGGCUGCUGCAGUGUGUACGAGUACUGUGUUUCCUGUUGCCUGCAACCCAGCAAGCAACAUCUUCUGGAACGUUUCUUGAACCGGGCAGCUAUUGCUUUCCAAAACCUCUUCAUGGCAGUGGAAGAUCACUUUGAGUUGUGUCUGGCGAAAUGUAGGACUUCAUCACAGAGUGUGCAGCAUGAAAACACCUAUAGAGAUCCAAUUGCAAAAUACUGCUAUGGCGAAUAUCCCCCAGAGCUGCUGCCUGUUUGAAAGCUGCAUGAUCUAAGCAACAAAGGGAAGGAACUGGAGACUAGAAUCCAAAAGAGCAAGACAACAGCUGUUACUUUACAAGACCCUCAGUGUAAACGGUUUACGUUGUUUCUGUACACCCAGAGGUGCACAGUGUAAGCGAGGGACUUAAGUUCUCUGGCACUGAAUCUUGCUUUCUUCAGUUUGUUAUGCACCUGCUUUAGAGUACUAGAGUACCGGUACUGUACUAGAUUACUAGUACAUUCUUUGAAUACUUUCUCUAAAUUUUAGGAUGCAUGGAGUCAAUCUAGACUAUAAAACAUCAUAGGAAAAAUAUCUAAUGUAGCUUUGCAGCUGUACAUGGAGGUUCAGUUGUGUCUCUGCAGUCCAGAGACUUUCCAGAGUGACAGUAAUUGGAGGAUUUUUGCUUUUAGAGAGUAAAGCAUGCAUGUUGUGCUUCUCUCUCUGGAGCACUUCUUGACAUGCAUGGUGUACACUACAUAUGUAAUUAUGAAUUAUUUAUUCAUUUUGUAUGGAUUACUAGCUGAAAGUAUUGAUGCUUUGCAUAGCUAGUUGUUGAUGCCUUUCAGUCCCUGUUUUGUUAUGUCAGGUAGAAAGGACAUUUUAGUUCCUGACUAAAAUUGGUUGGGUUUUUUCCCUCCUUAGUCUAAAGGAAUUGUAUUGGGAUUCAUCACUAUAGUGCUUAUGUUCCUCUUGGUGAGUUUAAAGCAUUCAGAACUCCAAUGGAGUUGUUAUUUUCUCCAAGUCCCACAGCACGAGACAAGAGCAGGGAUCUGCCUAGGAUGGGAUGUUUAUUGUCUGUAAACGAUUUCCUUGUUACUCUGCAACAGUUUCCUUAAGAGGAGUCUUAGUUUUGUAAACAGCUCUCUUCUAGUCCACUUUCUGACACGAAGCACUGAAGAUUUGUUUGCUUGAACUUGUUCAGGCCUUGGUUAUUCAAAUGUACCUAACUCCUUGGUUGUGCAGGAGGCAAAAGGGUGGAGUUCUACGAUUUCAGUUUAAUGAUGUCCUUGUGCAUGAAGUAAUUAGAAUGUCAGAACAUGGUGCAAACCCUCCUCUGAGGACACCUGUGUUGCAUGAGUUCAGUUAAACAGUCAUGAUGGUUUGAUUUGCUGUUUGACAUGCUUGCUACUCUGGAAUUUUGGUCUGAGCAGAAUGGCACUAGAACAGGGUUGGUUCUCCCACAAUUUCUCCUAGCUUUCUAAAGUUGCAAUUUAAACUGUCUCCCUCUUAAGGCCACACAACACAGAAAAGAUGGGUAGAGAACCUGUAAAAUGCUGACAAAAUUUGUGCUCCCCCUGCAAGUCACUCGGCGAUGUCCAAGCGCUAGACAAAAUUGGGCUGUUCUUCUCUGUGAAGAGCCUCAUUUCUCUUUUUUUACUCCAUCCAUCUCCUCCAUGAUUUUGACUUUGUGUAUGCUUGUUUAAACUGAUACUUCCUAGUCCCUGACUGAAAUAAAACAAUCUACAGAGGCUUUAAAAAAAACAAAAACAAAAAAAACCCAAAAAACCCAACCAAAGCACAGUGGUAGAAUAUCCUGGUGCAAAAGAUCUGUAGAAUGCUAUUGCGAUUACGUAUGAUAUAAACAAGAAGUAGUGUUACCAGCCAUCUAAUAAAAUCCACUUGUAUUGUUUUCAUUGUUCUUUCCCAGAAGUCAUCAAGUGAGAUAAUGGCUCUGUCAGCAGAUUCUCUUGAAAAUCUUGUUUUUCCAAAAGCUUAAAAGCUUUAGCAUUAGCAGUUUAUCCAGCUGAAAAUCUGUCUCCCCUUUGCUGCCAUCCUAUGGCAACUUGCUGCAGCAGACAUGAUACAGUGUGAAGAUGCAGUGUGAGAUGCUGUCUUCAGAGGGUAGCAGAGGUUACUUCUCUUUUCAGUGUUAAACAGAUUCUUCACCCCUGUUCCAGCACUUCAUGACUGUUUUCCUCAGGGAAGGCCAUCAGGUUGGUCUAUUAUAUCAUUCCUGCUGAGAGGUAUUCCAGCACUUUGUGGUUUUUUGCACCACGACUGAUGAGAUCAAGAUAAUGAUGGCUUGCUCUUGCUUUCUCUUCCAACUUGGUAUUAAUUCCUUAGCAAGUGAUACCACUGCUUGAAGUGGUAAUUGUAAGAAAUUGUAAGAACCAACCUAAUCUGGACAACAUGAGUGGGAAUUUCUGGCCCCUUUCUCCCCUAGAAAAACAGAACGUGAUCAGAAGUGUGUUGUGAUUGUUGGCCGUUCAAUGGGACAGAAACUGCAUCCUCUCUCCCUGGCUGUUGAGCUGUUCAACUAGUGUCUAUACGAUAUGUUAAAUCAUUAAAAAUUUAUCUGUGUUCCAAAA